AUGAGGAAGCCACGCCGGAGGGGCCACCUGGCCGGUGGAGGGGAUUGUGGUGGGAGGAAGUCUGACCAAGCUGGUAGGGGGCGAGGAGGGCCCCGCCAACGCUCCCCCUCACCCUACAGCCUAAAGCUGUCCCCCACCAGAGAGACGUUAACUUACUCCCAGACCCAGAAAGUGGUGGAAGUGGACUUGGACGGCAGGCUCCACCGGAUCUCCAUUGUGGACCGUCUGACUGUCAUCACGGAGGACGAGAGGAUGGCCCAGGACAUCGCAGAGUGCAACAGCAACAAAGAGAACAGCAAACAGCCCCUCGCACCAGCCAACCCCGGAAGCAAGCCACCUGCCAUGCCCAGAGGCCUCAAGAAAUACUCCAAACAUGCCUCCUCCACAUCAUCGUCGUCCUCCUCCACCCCUCAGAACUACUGCCCUAACGCUCACUCACAACCUUACUACAAAACCAACUCCUCCUCACACAACCAUCACCACACCCCCCUCCCUGAGCCCACCUUUCGCAUGCUGGAGACCUUCAGCCCUUGUGCUGUGCCCCCUCUGCCUGUGGCCUACUACCGCUACAUAGAGCGCUCGGCGGAAGAGCAGGAGGCGGAGGCAGAGUAUGACAUGGAUGAUGAGGACGCGGCCUGGCUGGAGAUGGUGAACACUAGGCGGACGUCAGACGGCCACGCCACUAUCUCCCCCGACACCUUCGAGCUUCUGGUGGACCGCCUGGAGGAGGAGUCAUACCGGGAGGCUCGCAGCCGGGCUCCCUCACAGAGCGCCAUCGAUGACGACGCCUUCUGCUGCGUGUGCCUGGACGACGAGUGCCUCAACAGCAAUGUUAUUCUCUUCUGUGACGCCUGCAACCUGGCCGUGCACCAGGAGUGCUACGGCGUGCCCUAUAUCCCUGAGGGUCAGUGGCUGUGCCGCUGCUGCCUGCAGUCUCCCCAGCGGCCGGUGGACUGUGUGCUCUGUCCCAACCGGGGUGGUGCCUUUAAGCAGACCAGCGACGGGCGCUGGGCCCACGUGGUGUGCGCCAUCUGGAUCCCUGAGGUGUGCUUCGCCAACACAGUGUUCCUGGAGCCCGUGGAAGGGGUUGACAACAUUCCGCCCGCCCGGUGGAAGCUCACCUGCUACCUGUGCAAGCAGAAGGUCCGCGGCGCUGCAAUCCAGUGCCACAAGGCCAACUGCUACACAGCUUUCCACGUCUCAUGCGCCCAGCGCGCCGGCCUCUUCAUGAAGAUCGACCCCGUGCGCGAGACCAACAUCAACGGCACCACCUUCUCGGUGAAGAAGACAGCCUUCUGCGAGGCACACUCGCCGCCCGGCCAGGAGGAGGGCGUAGUGGGGUCGGACGAGGAGGAGACCACUGGGAGGGUGAUGGGGGGCCUGGCCAGCCGAGGGCGCAGUGCCUACACUGAGUCCCCACUAGUGCAGAAGCGAAGCAAGAAGGAGGUCAAGCAGGGGAAGGGGAAGAAGGAUCUGGAGGCGGCUGCCUGUCGUUCCGCCACUACACCGAUGGUCACGGUUCCACAGAUCCCCUCUCAAAGGUCUGUCUGUGUUCACCAGCCUCUUAUUGUUGUUAGUGGAACAUUAGCUAGCAGGAUUCUACCCAUACUGUCUUUACGCGCUCAUGAAAGUAUUUUCAAAAAACAUUAGGAACACCUUCUCUUUCCAUGACAGACUGACCAGGUGAAAGCUAUGAUCCCGUAUUGAUGUCACCUGUUAAAUCCACUUAAAUCAGUGUAGAUGACAGGGAGGAGACAGAUUAAAGAAGGAUUUUUAAGCCUUGAGACAAUUGAGACAUGGAUAGUGUGUGUGUGCCAUUCAGAGGGUGAAUGGGCAAGACAAAAUAUUUAAGUGCCUUUGAAUGGGGUAUGGUAGUAGGUGCCAGGUGGCAUAGUUCCCAAUCGUUCUGAUCGUGCUCUGACUGUGACGUCAUGCUGUAAAAGUUCUCCCGGCGUGAAAAUGUUCCCAGUUCAAUAAUUGCACGCGCAUCUCUUUAUGUGGAUGGCUGAGAUCGUGCGGAUGCCUCCCUCUCACACCCUCGAAACACUAUUCUGUGGGCAUGCACCUAUGCUUCACACUUCUGCCAAUCAAUGGUGGCCAGGAGUAUUGACACUGACCAAUCAGAAGCUUGUUGAGGCGUGAGGUCAGCAUAUAAAUACCCAGACUCACGCAUCAACGUGCUGAGGGUUGAUGUGAGGAGAGAUUUUUUGCAAUUGCAAAGACUUUGGUGCUACUUUUUCAAUUGACAGUGCAUAUAUAUACAGUUGAAGUCAGAAGUUUACAUACACCUUAGCCAAAUACAUUUAAACUCAGUUUUUCACAAUUCCUGACAUUUAAUCCUAGUAAAAAUUCCCUGUCAGUUAGGAUCACCACUUUAUUUUAAGAAUUUGAAAUGUCAGAAUAAUAGUAGAGAGAAUAAUUUAUUUCAGCUUUUAUUUAUUUCAUCACAUUCCUAGUGGGUCAGAAGUUUACAUACACUCUAUUAGUAUCUGGUAGCAUUGACUUCAAAUUGUUUAACUUGGGUCAAACGUUUCGGGUAGCCGUCCACAAGCUUCCCACAAUAAGAUGGGUGAAUUUUGGCCCAUUCCUCCUGACAGAGCUGAUGUAACUGAGUCAGGUUUGUAGGCCUCCUUGCUCGCACACGCUUUUUCAGUUCUGCCCACACAUUUUCUAUAGGAUUGAGGUCAAGGCUUUGUGAUGGCCACUCCAAUACCUUGACUUUGUUGUCCUUAAGCCAUUUUGCCACAACUUUGGAAGUAUGCUUGGGGUCAUUUUCCAUUUGGAAGACCCAUUUGCGACCAAGCUUUAACUUCCUGACUGAUGUCUUGAGAUGUUGCUUCAAUAUAUCCACAUAAUUUUCCUUCCUCAUGAUGCCAUCUAUUUUGUGAAGUGCACUAGUCCCUCCUGCAGCAAAGCACCCUCACAGCAUGAUGCUGCCACCCCCGUGCUUCACGGUUGGGAUGGUGUUCUUCGGCUUGCAAGCUACCCCCUUUUUCUUCCAAACAUAACGAUGGACAUUAUGGCCAAACAAUUCUAUUUUUGUUGCAUCAGACCAGAGGACAUUUCUCCAAAAAGUGUUUUGGAGCAGUGGCUUCUUCCUUGCUUAGCGGCCUUUCAGGGUAUGUCGAUAUAGGACUCGUUUUUAAUGUGGAUAUAGAUACCUUUGUACCUGUUUCCUCCAGCAUCUUCACAAGGUCCUUUGCUGUUGUUCUGGGGUUGAUUUGCACUUUUCGCACCAAAGUACGUUCAUCUCUAAGAGACAGAAUGUGUCUCCUUCCUGAGCGGUAUGAUGGCUGCGUGGUCCCAUGGUGUUUAUACUUGCGUACAAUUGUUUGUACAGAUGAACAUGGUACCUUCAAGCGUUUGGAAAUUGCUCCCAAGGAUGAACCAGACUUGUGGAGGUCUACAAUCUUUUUUCUGAGGUCUUGGCUUGAUUUUCCCAUGUUGUCAAGCAAAGAGGCUCUGAGUUUGAAGGUAGGCCUUGAAAUUCAUCCACAGAUACACCUCCAAUUGACUCAAAUAAUGUCAAUUAGCCUAUCAGAAGCUUCUUAAGCCAUGACAUCAUUUUCUGGAAUUUUCCAAGCUGUUUAAAGGCACAGUCAACUUAGUGUAUGUAAACUUCUGACCCACUGAAUUGUGAUACAGUGAAUUAUAAGUGAAAUAAUCUGUUUGUAAACAAUUGUUGGAACAAUUACUUGUGUCAUGCACAAAGUAAACUAUAGUUUGUUAACAAGAAAUUUGUGGAGUGGUUGUAGACUCCGUGUGUAAGAUGUUUAAAUGUACAUGGGGCCUCAUCCCUACUCCAGAUGCACGUUGACAAUGUGCAAAGUUGAAUGUUGCCCAUACGGUAUUUCAAUAACUUAAAAAUGUUGUAGCAAUGAACAGAGACUAAGGAGUCUGAGCUUACUUUGAGUUGUGUGUUGAACCCCUCCCGAUGACACACAGGUUAAACAACAUCUGCAAAGGGAUUCUUGUCCAGAGGAAGAAACAGUUCAUGCAAAGGCUGCACAACUAUUGGCUCCUGAAACGCCAGUCACGGAACGGGGUCGGACUCAUUCGUCGCCUGCACUCCCACGUCCAAUCACAGAGGCACAUUGAACAGGUCAGAGGUCAUUUGGCACUCCAAGGUCAAAGGGGCAUGUUAACACCAGGGGCUUAUUUUGUUGGAUGCAAUGUAAUGAAAGAGUGCAGAUAUCAGUAGAAAUAUAGAAUCUGGAGAAAUAUCAUUAGUACAGCUGUCAAACUCUGUUUAAAAUUGUACAUGUUUUUGGAAUCAUGUGUGUUCUAAUACAUUUAUAUCUGUUAAAUUGAAUAUGCUCCUGGGAGUAUAACAAUGAUGUUCAGUAAAUUCAAAUCCCCAGGUGCAUCUCAAUAAUAUUAAAGGUCCAGUGCAGCUGUUUUCUGGGUAACAAUUAAGUACCAUACUGUGAUUGUUUUUAAUUAAAACGGUCAAAAACAAACUAGCUUCAUAACAAAGAGCGAUUUCUCAAGCAACAUUUUUGCUAGGACUGUCUGGGAGUGGUUUCUCUCCUCAUCUUCUCUCCCCAUCUCCUCUCCUUCAUCUUAACUGAAUAAAUAGUAGAAAACAGGACGGGUAAAAGCAAAAUGGUGUAUCUUUACCAGGAAUUUGCUUUCACCUGUCCAAUUUCUUUCCCAUCAUGUCUUCUCGUUCAUUAAGUGAUACAAUAUAGGGGUUGCUUCAAUUGUAUGUCGGGGAGUUGUUUGAAUUAAUCUCUGUGUGUUUGCAGCCGGAGCAAGAUGAGAAGGUGUGUGCUGUGAGGGAGGAGCUGAAGUACUGGCAGAAGUUGCGACACGACCUGGAGAGAGCCCGGCUAUUGGUGGAGCUCAUCCGCAAACGGGAGAAACUGAAGAGAGAGCAGGCAGGGAGAGACCAAGGAUCAUCAGCUAGAUUCAGUCGUGGGCCGAUAUUUUUAUUGGUCAGGGGGCCAAUCCGCUCAUAAUUACAAAUAAUUUGUAGACUGCAAAUUGACUGCAAGAAACCCAAACCGAUAUAUUUGACUAAAACAUAAUCAUUUCAAACCUUGCUUACAUUUGUAUAUGAUCACAUAUACUGUAUCUCUCUAUUAUGCAUGGGAGUACUUUGGAACAGAUUUCCAAAAUUAAUAUCACUUGGAGCUGAUGUGCUGGUGAUUUUAAAUUGUUUCAUGUCCCCCAAAACAAAACAAAACUUGGGGGGCCAAAUAAUUUGGCACGCAGGCUUGCCAAUUGGGGAACCCUGGACUGGACUGUCCAUGCUUUGACAAUUCAGGUUAUUACUGAUAUUUUUUUUUGUCAAUGAGUUCCCCACGUAAAUAAAAGGUCAAGAUACUCUUUCAUACAGUACCUAUAGCAGUGUUUUCCCUAAUCUCCGACCGUCGGCUAAACAGCCGAUAACAGACUCAUUUUCGUCUGGCUACUUUUCCCACUUAAAUUGACUAGGCUACUUUUCAUUUAAAGGUCCAAUGCAACAAUUAAGUAGCUUACUGUUAUUGUUUUCAAUUAAAAUUGUAAAAAGGAAACAAAAAUAGCUUCUUAGCAAAGGGCAAUUUCUCAAGCAACUGUCAAUGUAACUACUGUCCUUUAAAAGCUUUGCAAUUCUACAUGUAUUUUUUCUUUUUAUGGAUUUUGUUACUAUGUAGUUACCAUAAUGCUUUAAAGGGCAAAAUAAACGAUCUGAAAAGGGACUGUAUCCACACAUUUCGUAGUGUCGUCACCAUUCCUCUCUUCAGUACAUCGUUUGUUGGAAGCAUUGGGUGGGGAGGGAAAAUGGAAAAUUAACUGUUAUUGGCAUAGAUUUGGAACUCAUUUUCUUAUAGGUCUAUUAACUAAUUUACUGCAUGGUGAUGUCACCAUGUAAGGCCAAAACUCCAUCCCACCAAAACAGGCUGAAAUUUCAGGCGGUCUUUUCAAACAGCUCUUACACUAAAAGGGCAUUAUCAUUUUCACAAUUUCACAGUAUUAUUCCAACCUCAAUGUGGCUAUAUAAAACACAGGAAAAUCACGUUUUGGACUGCACUGGGCAUGCUUGAAACUGGUUGUAAUUGCAUUUUUUCAAACGAUGCCAUGCACACAAUUUAAGGAGUAGAUAAAUAAAUGUGGUAGCACUGGAAAACUGGGAUUCCCUUUAGUCCUAAUCACGUAGGCCUAGGCCUAGCCGAUAUCCAAAACAACUAACAAUAAACUGAAUUUAUACAUUUUCAGUAAUUUUUAUUGUAAAAUAAUGUCUUGGCCUGCCUGGUAACAUCUGGUGAUAUCACCAUGCGGUAAAUUAAUAGACCAAUAAGAGAGUUCCAAACCUCUCUGCCAAUAAAAGCUAUUCUACUCCAACAAAAUUCUUGCUUGAGAAAUUGCUAAGAAGCUAUGUUUGUUUCUUUUUGAACAUUUUGAUUGAAAUCUAUCACAGUAAGUUGUUGCCCAGAAAUGAUAAUACUGUUAGAAGCUAAUGAUACUUAUAUGGUAAUAUUAAAGAUAUUGAUAUAGGCUUACUGAUUUGAUUAAAGUGUUAACAAUGGAGUAUUCAACUGCUGCUUUCUGUGUAGCAAAGCCCAUGUUUAACACUUGCUUCAUUCUUCAAUCAUACCUGUACGUCUAUUGCAGACAGAAAAUGCCCAAGAAAAGAAAAUUUGUCAGACUCUUAAAGGAUUCUUUUUGAGUUGCAAACACUUGUUGAAAUCCUUCAUUAAUUGAAUUGAUGUGAAAAAUAUUUACGUUUAAAAUAAAUGCAAUUCUUUAUAUGGAAAUGUGCAAUAUAGACAUUUUAUAUAUGAGUAUGUGAUUUAACUUUAUCCUUUUGUCCAACUUAACCAGCAAAAUAGAGGAAAAUAUCAGUGUGUAUUUGUAUUUUUUUUAGCUGGAAGAUGAGCCUGGGAAGUCUGUCCACAGCCACAGAGCCAAUAAAAUACAUAAUUUGAUGAACAAACAUUGUGGCAAUUCAGAUCUUGCAGUAAAACAGUAAAUAUGACUUUAAUCUCAAGAGAAGACUGGUUUAAUGUUUAAAAAGGUGUAAUGUUCUCUUAGAAAAAUUGACCUGAUCGUAUAGGCUUAGACGAUAUCCAAAACAACUAACAAUACACCUAAUUCAUACGUAUUCAGUCAUUUCUAUUGUAAAAUCAUGUCUUUCUAUUCAAUACCAUAACUCAAUUCACCAACUCGUUAAAGUAUUAAAUAAUUGAGCUGUGUAUUUCGGAUUGGAAACAAGGCAUUAGAAUGUACCAGAGGCCACCAAAAUAGAAAUUGUUCGGCAAAAUAAGCACUCUGGCUGAAUACUUGUUCUAUUUGGCUGGCUACUUCAUGUACUUAGGGAAAACACUGACCUAUAGUCUGCUGAGGAAUUUAGAUUUACAUGAGUCUGUGUUGCUGGCCUCCCUUCUGACCCCACCACCCCUCUCUCUAUGCUUCCCCAAAGGUCAAGGUUCACCAGGCGGCCCUGGAGCUACAGCUGACCCCGGUGCAGGUGUUGCUGCGCUCUACACUGGACAAGCUGCAGGAGAAAGAUGUGGGCCAGAUAUUUGCACAGCCCGUCAAUCUCAAGGAGGUCCGUCACCAUGCUAAUACUGUUGAACCUUGAAGAAAUGAACUUCAUAGUUACAGACUGACCGGUCAACUGAACGAGCAAUAUCAAACUGGGACAUGUGUUAAAUUAAAAUAAAACUACUUGUGUACGCUACAGGCAAACGUAAAUGUUGCUAACGUGUUUAAAAACAUAUUUAUUAUUUAUUUAGAAAAUGCACGUAAAUUGACGUUAUCAAUAUAUUUUUAUAAAGAUUUGAAGCGGUUUUAUGUGAAUUUCAAAGUUAUGUCAGUAACUUUGGUCCUCUGUAGCUCAAUUGGUAGAGCACGGCGCUUGUAACGCCAGGGUAGUGGGUUCGAUCCCCGGGACCACCCACACAAAAAUGUAUGCACACAUGACUGUAAGUCGCUUUGGAUAAAAGCGUCCGCUAAAUGGCAUAUUAUUAUUAUUAUUAUUAUUAUUAAUUGUCCCAAAUGACCUCCAUUUCCGACGUGUUCGUAUUUCUGAGGUCAUACUGAACUGCCGGGGAGAUGUUCAGGGAAAAUUAUACAUAGCCUGCACAGUACUGAGAUCUGUUUGUAAUUGAUACUGGGCAUCCGAUUCCUUCAUAUGGUUUAUGAUGUGUUGUGGUGGUGUUGGGAGGUGUCCUGCUGCAUGCGUCAUGAAAACUACCACGUGGUCUGUUCAGCUUUGUUAUGAAUUGCCAAGUCAAUGUGUGACCCAUUGUCUGUUCGUAGUCAAUGUUUUCCUAUAACUGUUGCUUAGCUUAGGGUUGCCUAUGUUUUUUACUUGGUCCCAAAUCACCCCUCAUCCCAUGUCCUUUCAGAUCUACGGAUUAAUGUAAUUGACAUGAUAAUGGUGGCUUGACUUCAGACUGUCUGUGUCUCUCUACCUGAUGGUCUCUCUGCUCUCCCUUCUCUGUGUCGCCAGGUCCCAGACUAUCUGGAGUUCAUCAGCCAGCCCAUGGACUUCACCACCAUGCGCUCCAAGCUGGAAGUCCACAGCUACGACUCGGUGGCCUACCUGGAGGCCGACUUCAACCUGAUGGUGGCCAACUGCCUGCUGUACAAUGCCAAGGACACACUGUUCCACCGCGCCGCCCUGCGACUCCGCGACCUGGGCUGCGCCAUCCUCCGCCACGCCCAGCGAAAGGCCCACAACACGGGCCUGGACCCGGCCACGGGAAUGCACCUCGCCGAGUCGCCCCAGAAACAUGACUACUUCCGGAGCACCUGGGAGGGCGGUGAGUAACGCGGUGGCACGGAUGUUGGCUUGUUUCUGAACCAGGGCCACGCUCAGUAGGCAAACGCUGUGGAACUUCAUGAAUAGAACUGCCGUGAUUCCUUAUUUUACACAUCAGAAAGGCAUGUUUGUUCUAUGUAAUCUAUUUCUAUCUGAACGUUCCACAAUGUUGUGCUCUGUUGAACGUGGCCCAGCUUUUAAGUAAACCUGUAGCAACAAAUGUCUCUACGCUAGGCUAGUACUGCUGCUCUAGAGAUUAAGGUAAAAUACAAACAAAUGUAUCACUGAUUCUUUGUCCCCCAAAAAAUGCCCCAGAAUUGUUUAUUUCUAUUUGUUUGGGAUUUUCACAACAAGAAGUGAACGUGGUCAAUGGCGCGGUCUCCGGCCGAAAAUGUUAGAGGCUCUAUUGGCCGCAGAGACAAAAUGCAAUUCUACGCAUUUUGCCAUGGGGCGGUGAGAACAUUUUACAGUUUUAAAGCUAGUGUCCUGCAAUUCUACACAUUUUGUCAUGGGUCCCGAGAGAAAAUUGCAGUUUUAAAGCUAAUUUCCUGCAAUUCUACACAUUUUGCCAUGGGGCUGAGAGAAAAUGUGCAGUAAUUCUACACAUUUUGCCAUGGCUUAUGCCACGUUCUUAUGCUAUCUGAGUGUAACAUUAUGACAAAAUCAAUGGGGGCCCCAUGCCAUGAAAUUCUUUGCAUUUUUUAUUCUCCCUGACUGUCUAGUUUUUAUUCUGGUGGUUAGUUCUCAAAGAUGAUUACAAAUUAUAGAGCUCCAUUAUCUUUUCUACAUACUUUAUAUCUGGUUUUAGUCUGAAGUUAACACUGAAAACGUUUUAACAUCCCCAAAAUUAUUCCCCCCUCCCCCAAAAUGUGAUUAUUUUUGUACUUAUAAUGUUUUACAUGUUUUUUGGAAUGGCAGCCUAAAUGAAUAUAGGGGAAACACUGGUACCUUUUCUGCCUGUAGCCCAGAUACUUUGUUCUGAUUUAUUUUGGAGUGAGCUCAAGCCUGUGGUGAAUGAUAAUAUUUAGGGUAGCUAUUUUGAGCUGCUUUAUCGUGUUGAGGAGUUUGCUGUCUUGUGGGCUAUGAUAUUGACAGUGGUUUUACCAUUGACCAAUAAUAAACCCAUCCACUGUGUGGUGUUCUGUCCCUGUGUAGUGGACACUCUGCUGGACCCCGAGAACCGUCUGCACAUGUCGCCCGAGGAGCAGCUGAAGGAGCUGCUGGACAAGCUGGACGUAGUGACCGCCGUGCGCUCCAGCGGCGCCCGCACCCACCGUAUCCGCCUCCUGCGGCGCGAGAUCAACAGCAUCCGCUAUCGACAAGGCCAGCACCACCGCCACUCGCUCUUCAAUGGAGACAAAGAGGAAGAGGAAGACAAAGACGAAGAGGAGAAAGACGAAGAGGUCGACAGCGGCCUGUUUUCUUCAGAUAAAGGUGGGUGAUAAAAGCGGCUGCAAUCUGUUGUUGUAUGAUAUUGACAUUUGAUUACAUACAGUGCCUUCAGAAAGUAUUCAUACCCCUUGACUUAUUCCACAUUUUGUUGUUACAGCCUGAAUACAACGUUUAUAAAAAAUAAAUAAUAUCUCACCCAUCUACACACAGUAUCCCAUAAUAACAAAGUGAAAAUAUGUUUUUAGAAAUUGUUGCUAAUUUAUGGAAAAUGAAAUACGGAAAUAUCACAUUUACAUAAAUAUACACAACCCUGAGUUUAUACAUGUUAGAAUCACCUUUGGCAGCAAUUAUAGCUGUGAGUCUUUCUGGGUAAGUCCGUAAGAGUUUUCCAUUACAUUUUACAUUUUAGUCAUUUAGCAGACACUCUUAUCCAGAGCGACUUAGAGUUAGUGAGUGCAUACAUUAUAAUAAUUAUUUUCAUACUGGCCCCCCCGUGGGAAUCAAACCCACAACCCUGGCGUUGCAAACGCCAUGCUCUACCAACUGAGCUACAUCCCUGCCGGCCAUUCCCUCCCCUACCCUGGACGACGCUGGGCCAAUUGUGCGCCGCCCCAUGGGUCUCCCGGUCGCGGCCGGCUACCAAAAUUCUUCAAGCUCUGUCAAAUUGGUUGUUGAUCAUUGCUAGACAACCAUUUUCAGUUCUUGCCAUAGAUUUUCAAGCAGAUUUAAGUAAAAACUGUAACUCAACCACUCAUGAAAUUUCACUGUCUUCUUGGUAAGCAACUCCAGUGUAGAUUUGGCCUUGUGUUUUAGGUUAUUUUCCUGCUGAAAGGUGACUUCAUUUCCCAGUGUUUGGUGGAAAGUAGACUGAAGCAGGUUUUCCUCUUUUGCCUGUGCUUAGCUCCAUUCCAUUUCUUUUUUUAUCCUGAAAAACUCCCCAGUCCUUAACGAUUACAAGCAUACCCAUAACAUGAUGCAGCAACCACUAUGCUUGAAACUAUGGAGAGUGGUACUCAGUAAUGUGUUGUAUUGGAUUUGCCCCAAACAUAACACUUUGUAUUCAGGGCAAAAAAGUUGAAAUGCUUUGACAAAUUUUUUGCAGUAUUAUUUUAGUGCCUUGUUGCAAACAGGAUGCAUGUUUUGGAAAUGUUUUAUUCUGUACAUCCUUCCUUCUUUACACUCUGUCAAUUACGUUAGUAUUGUGGAGUAACGACAAUGUUGUUCAUCCAUCCUAAUUUUUCUCCUAUUACAGCCAUUUAAACUCUGUAACUGUUUUAAAGUCAACAUUGGCCUCAUGGUGAAAUCCCUGAGCGGUUUCCUUCCUUUCUGGCAACUAAGUUAGGAAGGACACCUGUAGUGACUGGUUGUAUUGAUACACCAUCCAAAGUGUAAUUAAUAACUUUGGGAUGCUCAAAGGGAUACUCAGUGUCUGCUCUUUUUAUUUGUACCCAUCAACCAAUAGUUGCCCUUCUUUGCGAGGCAUUGGAAAACCUCCCUGGUCUUUGUGGUGGAAUCUGUGUUUGAAAUAUACUGCCUGACUGAGAAACCUUACAGAUAAUUGUAUGUGUGGGUUACAGAGAUGAGUGUUAAACACUAUUAUUGCACACAGAGUGAGUCAAUGCAACUUAUUAUGUGACUUGUUAAGCACAUUUUUACUCCUGAGCUUAUACUGAACAAAAAAUGUAAAUGCAACAUGUAAAGUGUUGGUCCCUUGUUUCAUGAGCUUUCCGUUUUUUCCUUUUCCUCACCCAACCUAGAAUACCCGACUGUAUUACCUCCCAAGAUAAUUAUCUUAGGUUAUAGUCACAGCCCAGUAUAUUCCCCCUCAAGCCGAUACCAUGACGGCCCUCAAAGAACUACAUUUUACAUUUUUUUACAUUUUAGUCAUUUAGCAGACGCUCUUAUCCAGAGCAACUUACAGUUAAGUGAGUGCAUACAUUAUUUUUUAUUUUUCAUACUGGCCCCCCGUGGGAAUCGAACCCACAACCCUGGCGUUGCAAACGCCAUGCUCUACCAACUGAGCUACAUCCCUGCCGGCCAUCACGACUCCAUUUUGCUCCUCCCUUCCUAUAGGCAGAAACUCAAACAGGAAGUACUCGUGCUAAGGACUAUUCAACACUGGUCUGACCAAUCGGAAUCCAUGCUUCAAGAUUGUUUUGAUCACGCACGCGGACUGGGAUAUGUUCCGGGUAGCCUCUGAGAAUAACAUAGACUAAUACACGGAUACGGUGACUAAGUUCAUCAGGAAGUGUAUAGGAGAUGUUGUACCCACUAUGACUAUUGAAACCUAUCCUAACCAGGAACCGUGGAUAGAUGGCAGCAUUCGCGCAAAACUGAAAGCGCGAACCACCGUAUUUAACCAUGGCAAGUUGUCUGGGAAUAUGGCCGAAUACAAACAGUGUAAUUAUUCACUCCAUAAGGCAAUCAAACAGGCAAAACAACAGUAUAGAGACAAAGGUGAGUCGCAAUUCAACGGCUCAGACACGAGCUGGGACCGAGAGACUGAAAAACAGCUUCUAUCUCAAGGCCAUCAGACUGUUAAAUAGCCAUCACUCUGCAGCUUCCUCCCGGUUACGUAACCCUGCACCUUAGAGGCUGCUGUCCUAUAUACAUAGACUUGAAAUCACUGGCCACUUUAAUAAUGGAACACUAGUCACUUUAAUAAUGUUUACAUAUUUUUGCUUUACUCAUGUCAUAUGUAUAUACUGUAUUCUAUUCUACUGUAUAUUGGUCUACGCCACGCCGACAUUGCUCGUCCUAAUAAUUUAUAUAUUUCUUAAUUCCAUUCUUUUACUUUUACAUUUGUUUGUAUUGUGUGUAUUGUUGUGAACUGUUAGAUAUUACUGCACUGUUGGAGCUACAAACACAAGCAUUUUGCUACUCCUGCAAUAACAUCUGCUAAACAUGUGUGUAUGACCAAUAACAUUUUAUUUUAUUUGAUAAAAGAUCCCAGAAAUAUUCAAAAUGCAUAAAAAGCUCUCAAAUGUUGUGUAAAAAUGUGUUUGCAUCCCUGUUAAUGAGCAUUUCUCCUUUGCCAAGAUAAUCCAUCCACCUGACAGGUGUGGCAUAUCAAGAAGCUGAUUAAACGGCAUUAUCAUUACACAGGUGCACCUUGUGCUGGGGACAAUAAAGGCCACAAAAAUCUACAGUUUUGUCACGUAGCACAAUGCCACAAAUGUCUCAAGUUUUGAGGGAGCGUGCAAUUGGCAUGCUGACAGCAAGGAUGUCCACCAGAGCUGUUGCCAGAGAAUUUAAUGAUAAUUUCUCUACCAUAAGUCAUUUUAGAGAAUUUGGCAGUACGUCCAACCGGCCUCACAACCGCAGACCACAUGUAACCACGCCAGCCCUGGACUUCCUCAUCCGGCUUCUUCACCUGCUGGAUCGUCUGACACCAGCCACCCGGACAGCUGAUGAAACUGUGGGUUUGAACAACCGAAGAAUGUCUGCACAAACUGUCAGAAACCGUCUCAGGGAAGCUCGUGUGCGUGCUCGUCAUCCUCACCAGUAUCUUGACCUGACUGCAGUUCGGCGUCGUAACCGACUUCAAUGGGCAAAUGCUCACCUUCGCUGGCCACUGGCACGCUGGAGAAGUGUGCUCUUCACGGAUGAAUCCCGGUUUCAGCUGUACCGGGCAGAUGGCGUCGUGUGAGUUUGUGUUUUGCUGAUGUCAACUUUGUGAACAGAGUGCCCCAUGGUGGCGGUGGGAUUAUGGCAGGCAUAAGUUAUGAACACAAUUGCAUUUUAUCGUUGGUAAUUUGAAUACACAUAGAUACUGUGACGAGAUCCUGAGGCCAUUCAUCCGCCGCAAUCAUCUCAUGUUUCAUCUCAUGUUUCAGCAUAAUAAUGUCCCCAUGUCGCAAGGAUCUGUACACAAUUCCAUGGCCUGCAUACUCCCCAGCCAUGUCACCCAUUGAGCGUGUUUGGAAUGCUCUGGAUCGACAUGUACGACAGCGUGUUCCAGUUCCCGCCAAUAUCCAGCGACUUCUCACGGCCAUUGAAGAGAAGUGGGACAAUAUUCCACAGGCCACAAUCAACAGCCUGAUCAACUCUAUGCGAAAACGAUGUGUCGCGUUGCAUGAGGCAAAUGGUGGUAACACCAGAUACUGACUGAUUGUCUGAUCCACGCCCCUACCUUUUUUUAAAGGUAUUUGUGACCAACAGAUUCAUAUCUGUAUUCCCAGUCAUGUGAAAUCCAUAGAAUUUAUCUCAAUUGACUGAUUUCCUUAUAUGAACUGUAACUCAGUAAAAUUGUAGAAAUGUUGCAUUUAUAUUUUUGUUCAGUGUAUUUAGGCUUGCCAUAACAAAGGGGUUGAAUACUUAUUGACUCAAGAUAUUUCAGCUUCACAUUUACAUUUUACAUUACUUUAAAAAUGUAAAAAAACGUAAUUCCACUUUGACAUUAUGGGGUAUUGUGUGUAGGCCAGUGACAAACAAUCUCAAUUUAAUACAUUUUAAAUUCAGACUGUAACACAACAAAAUGUGGACAAAGUCAAGAGAUGUGAAUACUUUCUGAAGGCACUGUAUACCCAGAAACAGACUAUUUAAUGAUCUGCUCUGCUGCAACGAGACCGGUUGCAAACAUGAGCUAACAGCAAAUUAUCGUUAGGUAAUUGAGCAAGGGUCCCCCUACGCACCAACUUAAAGCACCUCACUGUCUGCAGUCUAGUAAGUAGGGUCCCACGUAGUUGCCUCUCCAGGCACAUUCUGUGCUUCGUGUCGUCCUCUGCACCGCCUUCUUGUGGACUCGCCUCAUACAGUCAUGUCAUCCCACUUCUGACACCAAUGUAGCACAUUUCAGGGGGGAACCGAGAAUACUAGGCAGUCAAACCCUACUCAAGCAUGCUAGUGUUUAUACCAUUGAAGUUGUGUAACUCACCUAUCCAUUUAGUUUUUGCUGAGGUCUGUGAACAUUUUACUUUGUAUUUGUAUUGUACGCCCUUACUAAUUACUGCUUUAAGCCCAUGUGGGACAGUUGUGAGAGCUAGAAUGGCGAAAGCCCUGAAUUAAUCAUCGAAGUUUGAUGUAAAUGAAUUGUCAAUUUGAUUGGUCCCUUCUCUUUCAGAGGACCUCAAAUAUACCCCACCCCCAUUGCUGGAGCCAACGUGCCUGGCACCUCACCCUCUGCAGAGAGACACGCCCCUGGAGCCUCCCACCCUGCGCCCCAUGACUGGGGAGCCAAGGACCCUGGGCCAUCCCAACAAGCGUCUGAAAUUGGACAGCGAGAGCUCAGAUAAUGGUACACCCACCCUUGCCGCUACAGGGAAUUAUGAUUGCACUAAAGCAGAAGAGGCGCGCAGUUUGCACUGUGGAGGGCCCGUGGUCAACGGCCUUUCUGACCAUUCGCCCCCACACCCCGUCACAACGGGAGUAGGGCGGCGGACUUCUGUGCUUUUCAAAAAAGCAAAAAACGGAGCAAAGCUGCUUAGAGAGAAAGAGAGAGACAAUCUUUUACUGAAUGGGAAAGCUGGGGAGGCAGUCACUAGCAGCAGUGCCUCCCCAAACCCCAACUCAGCUUUAAGUACCCCAUUAUCCACCCCGUCUAAGACCCCCCAGCAGACCCCGACCCCGUCCUCAUUCACCACCCCCGAAUGGGGGAACCCUAGUCGAGGUGCCAUCUCAGAGGUGGAGCUGGACAAGAUGUCUAACCAUACACUGGAGAGUGGUGAGUGGCUGAAGAAGCAUAUUUUUGUUAAACUUAUACUCUGCAAGUGUCUGGCAUAUCUGAUAAUUGGUUUCUGUCUUCUUUCAGGACUCACCAAUGGGUUCACAAAGCACAAAGAUGGUGGUUCUGACUCAGACUGUAGCCCUCUCCCAAUCCUCCACAAAGAAAUGUAAGACAUACACCAGCUCAUUUGUGUGUUGUUUAUUCUUUAGAGCAAUUGUGCACACAUGCACUCCGAUAUUAUGAUCCUGUACUACCUUGAUAUAAAUCCAGAGUUAAAAGGGCUACAAUAACUAGCCAAAAUCAAGAAAGGUAUUCAUGGCAUGUUUUAAAUUGCUGGGUAGGUUAACAGCAAUAAAAGUGAUCAUGAUAUUUGAGCUGAUCUCAUAUAAAUGUAGCCAGUGAAAAUCAGAUGAUAACCUACAGUUGAAGUCGGAAGUUUACAUACACCUUAGCCAAAUACAUUUAAACUCAGUUUUUCACAAUUCCUGACAUGUAAUCCUAGUAAAAAUUCCCUGUUUUAGGUCAGUUAGGAUCAGCACUUUAUUUUAAGAAUGUGAAAUGUCAGAAUAAUAGUAGAGAGAAUGAUUUAUUUCAGAUUUUAUUUCUUUCAUCACAUUCCCAGUGGGUCAGAAGUUUACAUACACUCAAUUAGUAUUUGGUGGCAUUGCCUUUAAAUUGUUGAACUUGGGUCAAACAAUUCGGGUAGCCUUCCACAAGCUUCCCACAAUAUAUUGGGUGAAUUUUGGCCCAUUCCUCCUGACAGAGCUGGUGUAACUGAGUCAGGUUUGUAGGCCUCCUUGCUCACACACACUUUUUUUCAGUUUUGCCCGCACAUUUUCUAUAGGAUUGAGGUCAGGGCUUUGUGAUGGCCACUCCAAUACCUUGACUUUGUUGUCCUUAAGCCAUUUUGCCACAACUUUGGAAGUAUGCUUGGGGUCAUUGUCCAUUUGGAAGACCCAUUUGCGACCAAGCUUUAACUUCUUGACUGAUGUCUUGAGAUGUUGCUUCAAUAUAUCCACAUCAUUUUCCUUCCUCAUGAUGCCAUCUAUUUUGUGAAGUGCACCAGUCCUUCCUGCAGCAAAGCACCCCCACAGCAUGAUGCUGCCACCCCCCGUGCUUCACAGUUGGGUUGGUGUUCUUCGGCUUGCAAGCAACCCCCUUUUUCCUCCAAACAUAACCAUGGUCAUUAUGGCCAAACAGUUCUAUUUUUGUUUCAUCUGACCAGAGGACAUUUCUCCAAAAAGUACAAUCUUCGUCCCCAUGUGCAGUUGCAAACCGUAGUCUGGCUUUUUUAUGGCUGUUUUGGAGCAGUGGCUUCUUUCUUGCUGAGCGGCCUUUCAGGUUAUGUCCAUAUAGGACUUGUUUUACUGUGGAUAUAGAUACUUUUGUACCUGUUUCCUCCAGCAUCUUCACAAGGUCCUUUGCUGUUGUUCUGGGAUUGAUUUGCACUUUUCGCACCAAAGUACGUUAAUCUCUAGGAGACAGAACGCGUCUCCUUCCUGAGCGGUAUGACGGCUGCGUGGUCCCAUGGUGUUUAUACUUGCAUACUAUUGUUUGUAUAGAUCAACGUGGUACCUUCAAGCGUUUGGAAAUUGCUCCCAAGGAUGAACCAGACUUGUGGAGGUCUAUAAUUUUUUUUCUGAGGUCUUGGCUGAUUUCUUUUGAUUUUCCCAUGAUGUCAAGCAAAGAGGCACUGAGUUUGAAGGUAGGCGUUGAAAUACAUCCACAGGUACACCUCCAAUUGACUCAAAUGAUGUCAAUUAGCCUAUCAGAAGCUUCUAAAGCUAUGACAUCAUUUUCUGGAAUUUUCCAAGCUGUUUAAAGGCACAGUCAACUUAGUGUAUGUAAACUUCUGACCCACUGGAAUUGUGAUACAGUGAAUUACAAGUGAAAUAAUCUGUCUGUAAACAAUUGUUGGAAAAUGUACUUGUGUCAUGCAGAAAGUAGAUGUCCUAACCGACUUGCCAAAACUAUAGUUCGUUAACAAGAAAUUUGUGGAGUGGUUGAAAAACGAGUUUUAAUGACUCCAACCUAAGUGUAUGUAAACUUCCGACUUCAACUGUAUGUGCAGUACAAUGGCACAGCUUACGGAAGUACUGUGUACCCCAACAGCAGCUCACCACCCAAACGUAGCCUCGGAAAACCAGCACUUUCCAAAGUACAGUUCCUGGAUACUGUUAACGGGGAUGCAGAUUACACCGCUACAGGUAUGUGUAUCAGAGUAUCAUUGAUGGACUCAUUAGAGGAUCUCAUUAUCCAUAUUUAUAAGGCAUGGUCGUUGUCCUUACACUGUUUACCAGAAAACAUUAAACAUUCAGUCAUUAAAACAAUAGUCACCACCUACACCUCCUACGACUCUUCAUGCAAUGAUAUGGGCUUGCGGUCCUUGGAGUCCCGCCGCACCCACUUCUGCAGAUCAUUUGCCCAGAAGCUUGAAAAAUCACAGGAUUACAUUAAAUGUUUGCCUCAGACGAGAGGCCAUGUCAGUGGUAGAUCUACCUGAUCCAGUCACAAACUGAACCUUCCCCCUACUCGGACUGACAGAUACUACAACAGCCCUAUUCCUUACUUUGUGAGACUGCUUAAUGCUGCUUAACCUUAAUAUUGUAUACUACAUCUCAUAUUAUAAAAUGCAUGUAUUUACUUACGUAGGCCUAUGUAUGCUGCAAUUCCGCUUUCAGCUGCAAAUGUGUACAAUUCCGAAUAAACAUAAAACAUAUAUAUCAUUUAUAUGUACAGUGCAUUCGGAAAGUAUUCAGACACCUUCCCCUUUUCCACAUUUUGUUACGUUACAGCCUUAUUCUAAAAUGGAUUAAUACAAAUAAAAUUCUCAUCAAUCUACACACAAUACCCCAUAAUGACAGAGAAAACAGGUUUUUAGACAUUUUUGCAAAUAAAUAUAUAUAUAUAUAUAUAUAUAUAUAUAUAUAUAUAUAUAUAUAUAUAUAUACAUUUUUAGUCAUUUAGUCAUUUAUCCAGAGCAACUUAGUUAGUGAGUGCAUACAUUUUCAUACUGGUUCCCCGUGGGAAUCGAACCCACAACCCUGGCGUUGCAAGCGCUAUGCUCUACCAACUGAGCUACACGGGACUAUAUAUAUAAAUAUAAAAUAUAUAUAUGAAAUAUACCUUAUUUACAUAAGUAUUCAGACCCUUUGCUAUGAGACUCGAAAUUGAGCUCAGGUGCAUCCUGUUUCCAUUGAUCAUCUUUGAUAUUUUUCUACAACUUCAUUGGAGUACACCUGUGGUUAAUUCAAUUGAGGAAGGAGGGGUUGUUUAUCAAGCUUGAUAUUAUGGGGGUAGGAGGAAGAAUGUACAACUGGAUAAAGGAUUUCCUAUCCAGGUGAGGGUGGGGAAGUCUUUAUCAGGCAGCUACUUGGUGGAUAAUGGUACACCGCAGGGGAGCAUGGUUAGUCCUCUGUUGUUCAGUCAUGGUUAGUCCUCUGUUCAUCCCGUCUGGAUUACUGCAACUCGCUGUUGGCUGGGCUCCCUGCCUGUGCCAUUAAACCCCUACAACUCAUCCAGAAUGCCGCAGCCCGUCUGGUGUUCAACCUUCCCAAGUUCUCUCACGUCACCCCCCUCCUCCGCACACUCCACUGGCUUCCAGUUGAAGCUCGCAUCCGUUACAAGACCAUGGUGCUUGCCUAUGGAGCAGUGAGGGGAACGGCACCUCCGUACCUUCAGGCUCUGAUCAGUCCCUACACCCAAACGAGGGCAUUGCGUUCAUCCACCUCUGGCCUGCUGGCUCCCCUUCCUCUGCGGAAGCAUAGUUCCCGCUCAGCCCAGUCAAAACUGUUCGCUGCUCUGGCACCCCAAUGGUGGAACAAGCUCCCUCACGACGCCAGGACAGCGGAGUCACUCACCACCUUCCGGAGACAUUUGAAACCCCACCUCUUUAAGGAAUACCUGGGAUAGGAUAAAGUAAUCCUUCUACGAACCCCCCCCCCCCACCCCCCACCCAAAAAAAAAGAAACAAAAUUUUUUAAUAAAAUAAAGAAAACAAAAUGAAAAAAAUAAAAAUAAAUGAAAAAGUGGUUUACCCACUGGCUAUAGGGUGAAUGCACCAAUUUGUAAGUCACUCUGGAUAAGAGCGUCUGCUAAAUGACGUAAAUGUAAAUGUAAAUGUAAUGAUCAAUGAUGUUUACUCUCAGGUACAGCCGGAUAUAAGGAGGUCGUUAUUUGCAGAUGAUGGUGCCUUAUGGAAGUGGGGGAAGAAAUGUGCCAUACAUAGUCAGGAAGGUACAAGAAGCAAUUGAUGAGGCAGAGCGGUGGGCAUUAAUGUGGGGAUUCAGGUUCUCUGCAGAGAAAACUCAAACAGUGUUCUUUACCAGGAGGAAGGUGGGAGAUGAGGUAUGCUUGAGGUUAUAUGGGAGAAACUUGAAGAGGGUGGGGGCCUUCAGGUUCCUUGGGGUAUACUUUGAUACUAGACUGACCUGGGCAGAACACAUUGAGAGAGUGGUGGGAAAGUGUAAGAAGGUGCUAAAUGUGAUGCGCUGUCUGACGGGGAAGGAGUGGGGGCUGGGCGUUCCUCAUUGAAGACCAUGUAUGUUGCAUUGAUCCGAUCUGUAAUAGACUAUGGAAGUAUAGCAUAUGGUUCGGCAGCCCGGACCGCAAUGGAAAGGCUAGAUGUCAUACAGGGGCAAAGACUCCGAAUAUGUAGUGGGGCAUUUCGGACGUCCCCAGUGGCUGCAUUACAGGUGGAGAUGGGGGAUAUGCCGUUGCAGAUGAGGAGACCGCAGCUGGCAAUGAAUUACUGGAUCAACCUACAAGGACAUGGGGUGUCUCAUCCUGCGAAAGGGAUUUUACAGGCAUGCUGGGAACAUGAGCGAAGACCGAACACAAGCUUUGGGUGGGUGGGUAAUACCCAGGCGAAGGAGAUGGGACUGUAUGGAAGGGUGUUUAGUCCAUCGGUAGUUAUUCCUGUCAAUCCACCAUGGCUACUCCCGUCUCCAGUAGUUGAUCUAGAAGUGUUGGAUAGACUACAGAAAGAUAUGGAGGGUGUUGAUCCAGCUGAUUUCUUUAAGAGACGUCUGGAAACUGUGUAUCAGGACUUUGUGGCCAUUUACACAGAUGGUUCAAAAGAUCUAAGGACAGGACGUACUGGGUCAGCAUUUGUAGUGCAGGAAUGUGGGGUGGAAGUCAGGAAACGUAUUACAGAUCAUCUGGCUGUAUAUAUGGCGGAGCUGAUGGCCAUACUGUUGGCCUUGCAGUGGGUGGAGGAAGUUAAGCCAGACAGAGUAGUUAUUUGCUCUGAUUCAUGUGCAGUGUUAAUGAGUCUCCAGUCCUUUAGCUCACGUAGCAGACAAGACCUGCUUUAUGAGGUGAUACAGACCCAUGGCAGGAUUAAACAGUUGGUUAUUCAGAUAAGAUUUACUUGGUUCCAGCCCAUGUGGGGGUGGAGGGGAACGGGGCGGUAGAUGAACAGGCUAAACAAGCACUUAGUAGUGGGGAUGUUGAUGUUGAAGUGUCAAUGAGCAAGGCAGAGGCAAAAAUACUGAUAUAUACAGUGAUGGUGAAGAGAUGGCAGGAGCAGUGGAAUAUAAAUAAUUAGGGAAGGCAUUUAUUUCAAGUACAGAGGAAAGUCAGGGAGGGGAGGAUGGCAGGAAGGGACAGAAGAGAGGAGGCUAUUUUUACAAGAUUAAGGGUGGGACACAGCCAGUUGAAUAAGACAUUAAACGUGAUAGGAAAGCAUCCAUCAGGAAAGUGUGAUUAUCGUCAGGAAAUAGAGACUGUGGAGCAUGUAUUGCUACAGUGUGGGCAGUAUCAGAGGGAAAGAGAGAGGAUGAGAUUUAGUAUGAGGGAGAAGGGGAUACAGGAAAUUAGUUUAGAGAUUGUAUUGAGUAGAGCGUCAUUAGAUAAAGUCUCAAAUAUUUUGUUAUCUUUUUUAAGAGAAACAGGGUUGGCAGGUAGGAUUUAGUUUAUCCCUGUCUCUGGCCCACACUCCAGUACGGUAGGUGGCGGUAAUGCACCAUAACGUUGGAUGCCAACCGCAGAUAAACCCCACUGAAGAAGAAGAAGAAUUCAAUUGAUUGAACAUGAUUUGGAAAGACACACACCUGUCUAUAUAAGGUGUCAUAGUUGACAGUGCAUGUCAGAGCAAAAACCAAGCCAUGAGGUUGAAGGAAUUGUCCAUAGAGCUUCGAGACAGGAUUGUGUCGAGUCACAAAUCUGGGGAAGGGUACACAAAACAUUUCUGCGGCAUUGAAGGUCCCCAAGAACACAGUGGCCUCCAUCAUUCUUAAAUGGAAGAAGUUUGGAACAACCAAGACUCUUCCUAGAGCUGGCCACCCAGCCAAACUCAGCAAUCGGGGGAGAAGGGCCUUGGUCAGGGAGGUGACCAAGAACCUGAUGGUUACUUUGACAGAACUCCAGAGUUCCUCUGUGGAGAUGGGAGACCUUCCAGAAGGACAACCAUCUCUGCAGCACUCCACCAAUCAGGCCUUAAUGGUUUAGUGGCCAGACAGAAGCCACUCCUCAGUAAAAGGCACGACAGCCCUCUUGGAGUUUGCCAAAAAGCCCCUAAAGGACUCUCAGACCAUGAGAAACAAGAUUCUCUGGUCUGAUUAAACCUACAUUUAACUCUUUGGCCUGAAUGCCAAGCGUCACGUCUGGAGGAAACCUGGCACCAUCCCUACGGUGAAGCAUGGUGGUGGCAGCAUCAUGCUGUGGGGAUGUUUUUUAGCGGCAGGGACUGGGAGACUUGUCAGGAUUGAGGGAAAGUUGAACGGAACAAAGUAAAGAGAGUUUGUUAAUGAAAACCUGCUCCAGAGUGCUCAGGAGCUCAGACUGGGGCGAAGAUUCACCUUCCAACAGGACAACGACCCUAAUCAAAAAACCAAGUCAACGCAGGAGUGGCUUCGGGACAAGUCUCUGAAUGUCCUUGAGUGGCCCAGCCAGAGCCCGGACUUGAACCCGAUCGAACAUCUCUGGAGAGACCUGAAAAUAGCUGUGCAGCGACGCUCCCCAUCCAACUUGACAGAGCUUGAGAGGAUAUGCAGAGAAUAAUGGGAGAAACUCCACAAAUACAGGUGUGCCGAGCUUGUAGCGUCAUACCCAAGAAGACUCAAGGCUGUAAUCGUUGCCAGAGGUGCUUCAACAAAGUACUGAGUAAAUGGUCUGAAUACUUAUGUAAAUUUGAUAUUGUGUCUAAAAACCUGUUUUUUCUUUGUCAUUAUGGGGUAUUGUGUGUAGAUUGAUGAGGAUUUUUAUUUUUAAAUCCAUUUUAGAAUAAGGCUGUAACGUAACAAAAUGUGGAAAAAGUCGAUUGGGCAAAGCAUGUUGAUUGGGCAAAGCAUGUUAAAUGUACUUUUUCCUCUCGCCUUUUCUCCGUCAAUCCUCCAUAUUCCCUAGCGAAACUGCACUCAUCCAUUGAGAACGAGUCAUAAGUAAUUUCUUUGAUUUAGCUUUGAAUGGUUAUUAGAAGUAGUUUCUUAUACCAUGUGUGACUGUCACCAUCAUUGAUCUACAUUGAACAAAAAUAUAAACGCAACAUGCAACAAUUUGAAAGAUUUUACUGAGUUACAGUUCAUAUAAGGAAAUCAGUCAAUUUAAAUAAAUAAAUUAGGACCUAAUCUAUGGAUUUCACAUGACUGGUCACAGAUACCUUUAAAAAAAGUUAGGUAUCAGAAAACCAGUCAGUAUCUGGUGUGACCACCAUUUGCCUCUUGCAGCACGACACAUAUCCUUCUCAUAGAGUUGAUCAGGCUGUUGAUUGUGACCUGUGGAAUGUUGUCCCACUCCUCUUCAAGUUGCUGGAUAUUGGCGGGAACUAAAACACGCUGUCGUACAAGUCGAUCCAGAGCAUCCCAAACAUGCUCAAUGGAUGACAUAUCUGGUGAGUAUGCAAGCCAUGGAAGAAGUCGGACAUUUUCAGCUUCAAGGAAUUGUGUACGGAUCCUUGCGACAUGGGUUUAUGCAUUGUCAUGCUGAAACAUGAGGUGAUGGCGGCGGAUGAAUGGCACAACAAUGGGCCUUAGGAUCUCGUCACGGUAUCUCUGCAUUCAAAUUGCCAUCGAUAAAAUGCAAUUGUGUUCGUUGUCCAUAGCUUAUGCCUGCCCAUACCAUAACCCCACCUCCACCAUGGGACACUCUGUUCACAAAGUUGACAUCAGCAAACCGCUCGCCCACACAACGCCAUACAUGCUCUGCCAUCUGCCCGGUACAGUUGAAACCGGGAUUCAUCCGUGAAACGUAAAAUUGAAAUGUAUUUUCAGGAUGGAAAAACGCUUUCAGUGUAAUCUUAAACGGCUAAAACCAGAUAUAAAAAAAAAAAUGAAAACUAACAGUCAACUAAAUAAAAGCAAUACAGUCAGGGAGAAUAGAAAAUUCCCCCCAAAAUUAAUUUAGCAGUAUUCAAUUUAUUAUGUUUCAGCAAAAGAACAAAGCACUAGCCAUAGCAAAAUGCCUAGAAUUGUAGGAAAUUUGCUUUAAAACUGCAACAUUUUCUCUCGGCUCCAUGGCAGAAUAUGUAGAAUCACAGGAAACUGGCUUAAAAAUUCAAAAAUGUAUCUACACUGCCAAGAUGGGGGCCUCAAAAAGAUUCUCUAAAGUUCAGCCGCAACGUGCACGUCCAUUGCCACUCCUCCUGCCACGCAUACCACCUAAGCCCCUUUUUUAUCCAGAUAAAACCCUGGUAGUGCAUUUAAAACAUCUCAAUAAAGACAUUUGUACCUCCAACUUGUCCCAACUCAUAUUUUCAGAAAACUCAAAUUAAAUACAAAAACUACAUUUGCAGUGACAUACAGUGCCUUCAGAAAGUAUUCACACCCUUUACUUUUUCCACAUUUUGUGGUGUUAAAGCCUGAAUUUAAAAUGGAUUCAUUUGACAUUUUUGGUCACUGGCCUACACACAAUACCCCAUAAUGUCAAAGUGGAGUUAUGUUUUUAAUUCUUGAGUCAAUAAGUAUUCAACCCCUUUUGUUAUUUUAUGCCUAAAUAAGUUCAGUAAAGAUUUGCUUAACAAGUCACAUAAUAAGUUGCAUGGACUCACUCUCAAUAAUAGUGCAAUAAUAGUGUUUAACAUGAUUUUUGAAUGACUACCUCAUCUCUGUAGCAUCCCCCAUACAAUUAUCUGUAACGUCCCUCAAUCGAGCAGUGAAUUUCAAACACAGAUUCAACCACAAAGACCAAGGUUUUCCAAUGCCUCGCAAAGGGCGGCACCUAUUGGUAGAUGGGUAAAAAUAAAAAAAAGCAGAAAUUGAAUAUACCUUUGAGCAAGGUAAAGUUAUUAAUUACAGUUUGGAUGUAACAAUACACCCAGUCACUACAACAAUAUAGGCGUCCUUCCUGAGAAGGAAACCACUCAGGAAAUUUGAGACCUAAAAAUGAGGCCAAAGGUGACUUUAAUGGCUGUGAUAGGAGAAAUCUCUGCUUUCCAGCCGUCACUUGGAGACAAAUUCACCUUUCAGCAGGACAAUAACCUAAAACACAGGGCCAAAUCUACACUGGAAUUGCUUACCAAGAAGACAGUGAAUGUUCCUGAGUGGCCGAGAUACAGUUUUGACUUAAAUCUACUUGAGAAUCCAUGGCAAGACCUGAAAAUGGUUGUCUAGCAAUGAUUAACAACCAAUUUGACAGACCUUGAAUAAUUUUGAAAAGAAUAAUGGCCAAAUGUUGCACAAUCCAAGUGUGGAAAGCUCUUAGAGACUUACCCCCAAAAGACUCACAGCUGUAAUCGCUGCCAAAUGUGCUUCUACAAAGUAAACUCUGUACUUCAUUUACUACAAAAGCCAUUUUGUGACGUUAGCAUAUUUGUAUUUUGUUUUCCCCUCUGUCUCCACAGGCAGUGGUAUCCUGAUGCCUUUUGAGAACGGUGCGGCGCUGGAAUCCCUGGACUUGGUCUGGGCCAAGUGUCGGGGGUACCCCUCCUACCCUGCAUUGGUGAGAGAAUGCAGUGGGCAAACAUCUGCUCCUACACUGAGACAGGCCCCAAAUUGAUAAGAGCAGCAGUUACCUGAGCUGAUCAUCAUAGGGUUAUCAUUUUGGAAAUGGUUUUCGGUCUGAAAUAUGGAGAUUUAAAGUUAGGCCACUCAGAAAUCCACUAAUAGAAAGCGUAUUGCAUUUUGGUGCAUAUUUGCUGUUGAAUAGAAUGACAAUUUCUAAAGGGUAGUUCAGAAUCACACAGAAUUAGUUUAUAGACCAGGGGUAUUCAACUACGAGGUCUGCAGCCUGCUGGUUUUCUGUUCUACCUGAUAAUUAAUUGCACCUACCUGGUGUCCCAGGUCUAAAUCAGUCACUGAUUAGAGGGGAACAAUGAAAAAAAGCAGUGGAACUGGCUUUGAGGUCCAGAGUUGAGUUUGAAGGGUGUAGACCAUGCCCCAUACUGCUCAGUGUAUGACGCCUUUUAACUGUAAAAAUUAAGCUUAAACCACCCUAAAAGCCAAUUUAACACAAAGCAUCUUGCCCCCAAUCAAUCCAUCUUUCCCAUUGUCCAGAUAAUUGACCCUGAGAUGCCCAAGGAGGGCUUGUUGCACAACGGGGUGCCCAUCCCCGUGCCGCCGCUGGACGUCCUGCAGCUGGGGGAGCAGAGGACGGAGGAGGCCGGGGAGAAGCUAUUUUUGGUGCUCUUCUUCGACAACAAGAGGACAUGGUGAGACGGGGGCGGUGUUUGGCUACCACUUGGAUGAGUGACCACAAGCAGCUCUCGAACCUCUUAUCUAGAUUUUACGGCUGCUUCAUAUCUUUGGGUUCUACUGAAGAACAUGCCCACAAACCUUUGACAAGUUUUGCUAUUGUGUAAAGGCCCAUGUGUCUAAUCUCAAUGACCAUGUCCAAUGUCUAUUUGAGCUCAUUGCGGUCAAUAACUGUUGGAUAGACACAUUCCUCUGCUUAUAAUACACCUGAUUUUUAACAAUCAAUGAGUAGAAAGUAUAGCCUAGUCUGUGAAAAAAGUCCUGGCCCUAGUUAUAACAUACUAUAUGUGAUUCAUAUAAAAGUAUGUUCAUUGUAUUGGAAUUUGGGACUUCAUCAGGUCACCUUUAGCUUUUUCCUGAACAUAGGAACACCUGCUCAAAGUCAAUGGAUAAUAAUUUGGUGGGUGCUUGUCCUAUUUCACACAUGUACAAGUGUGUAUUAAUACGCAUGUGUGAAUUGAAUGAAUUUGCUUCAACGGCCCUCCCAUCUCUUGCCCCCUGUAGGCAGUGGCUACCACGGGACAAGGUGACUCCUCUGGGUGUGGACGACACGGCUGACAAGCUGCACAUGAUGGAGGGCAGGAAGACCACGAUCCGCAAGUCUGUGCAGGUGGCCUACGACCGCGCCAUGGUCCACCAGAGCCGCGUGCGCCACGACCAAGCCUUUGUCACCUCCAACUACCUGUAG